UAAGCAAUGCAAUAUAAAUACCGAGUGGAAAUUGAGCGUACGCACGUAGGCAACCAAAUAAACAUAAUGAGCGUUCAUUAUUUUGUUAUUCAGUUAGUCAACUGGAAAUUAACUAAAGUGAAUACUUUCCAGCACACUAAACAUACGCAAAAGGAAAUCGAAACCUAUGAUUUACCAAUUACAAAUUAUAAUAACGUAUUAUAUAUUGUAAAAUAUAGAGAUUUCUGUAUUUUUAUAUUGUAUCAAUGCUAAACAUUUUUAUUUUUAUGUUUUAGACUUAUAUAAAUACGAAUUGUUAAUAUUUAUGUCAUUUGCAUAUAGAGACAGUGGUUAAUCUUGUGGUAAAUAAAGUAUAAUGUAUAGUGCAAUGUGGAUAGUUUUAUUAAUUUGUGUUUUAUCACAAUUUGCGAUGGGAGCUGAAGUUCCCGAAGCCCUUCGAGAAAUGGGCGACGUCCUGCACGCGCAUUGCGUUGGCGAAACUUCUGUCGCUGAAAGUCUCAUCGAUGAUGCGAAGAAAGGCGUAUUUUCCGAAGAGAAGGCUUUAAAGUGUUAUUUACGUUGUAUUUUCGAAGAAACAUCAAUGAUUACGGACGAUGGCCGAUUCGAUGCCGAGGCAAUGCUUGGUGUUCUACCACCUGAGGUAAGAACUAAUCUCGAACCGACAGUCACCUCGUGCGCGGCGAAAGUGAAUCCGGGCGCAGAUGAGUGUGAAACAAUCUGGUUGACGGUCAAGUGCUUCUACGAGAUGGAUCCGAAGAAUUAUUUCAUGUUCUAGUACGAGAUGCGUAAGGUAGGAUGAUUUAAUUUAUAGUAAAUUGUUUGUUUUGUUGUAUUAUUAAGUGUAAUGUACUUUAUUGUUAAUACCAGUGACAUAUUAGUAAAUAAUUGCAAGUUU